AUGAUGACCGAUUUGGAAAUAUUGAAGAUUUCUGGGAUUGGACGAUUCAGGUCCAAUUCUCGUGGAAAUCAUAAAACUCUAAAUAAAACCUUUUGCUAUGAACCGAAACUUAAUUUUAAUAAUAAAAAUAAUACAACACUUUAUAAUGAAACUAAUAUUGAAAAUUCAUUUAUUAAUUCUGAUGUCAACAAACAUUCAAAAACCUUAUGGGAUACUACCACAGGUAAUACUCUAACACCUAAUAACUAA